AUGUCUUUUUUUAAUGGUAUGGAUUUUAAUCUAUUAUAUUAUCUUUCAUUAGGAUGUCUUGGAAAAAAUUCUUCAUUUAAAAUAAAUGAUAAAACAUAUCGUACAUUAAAAUUACUAGCAACUGGAGGUUUUGGACAAGUUUAUCUUGUUGAACAUGAUUCAAAAAAAUAUGCUUUAAAACAUAUGGAAACUAAUUCAACAUAUCUAGUUAAUAGAAUUAAAAAAGAAAUUGAACUUCAUCAAUCAUUUGAUCAUAAAAAUAUUUUAAAACUUUUAGACUACCAAAUAGAUAUUACACUAACAGGUGAUGGAGGAAAUUUUUUAAUGUUAAUGCCUUACAUUAAACAUGGAACAUUACAAGAUGAGUAUGAUAUUUUAAAUAAAGGAGAAAUUAAAACAUAUAUAAGUAUAGAUAGGAUAAAAAAAUUUUUUCAUGAUAUAUUAGAAGGUGUAAAUUAUCUUCAUCAUAGAAAUCCUAUUGUUAUACAUAGAGAUUUAAAACCAGCUAAUUUGUUAAUAAAUGAAAAAGAUACUAUUUUAAUAAUGGAUUUUGGUUCAGCAACAGAAAAUAUAGAAACAAUAAUAGAUUCUAAACAUAGUAGAAAGAUGAUUGAUGAAGCUAAUGAGUUAUGUUCAAUGCCAUAUAGAGCAUGUGAACUUUUUAAUUGUGAAGUUGGAACAGAAUUAAAUGAAAAAAUUGAUAUAUAUAGUUUAGGAUGUAUACUUUUUUCAUUAUUUCACUUAAGAGGUCCAUAUGACUUGGAGUAUCAAAAAGGUGGAAGUUAUGCAUUGGGAAGUAAUAGUGGAGUUGUACGUUUUGAUGCAAAUUUAAAUAUUCCAGAAGAUAUUAAAAAUCUUAUUAAAAAAAUGAUGAAUGUUAAUUAUAUAGAUAGACCAUCAACAGAAGAAAUUUUAAAAUUAUUUUUGGAUAUCAAAUUUUAA